AUGAGGAGAGUUUUUGGCGCGAAGAAGAACACAGAGCCACCACCGUCCAUUCAGGAUGCCUCUGAUCGGGUUUCUCCUCUCGUCUCGAAUCAUUCUAUCUCUUUUCCUCCGAUCAAUAAAAGAGGAGAUUCAGUAGAAGAGAAGAUAAAGAAGCUUGAUGUCGAACUCUGCAAAUACAGAGAACAGAUUAAAAACACGAGACCUGGUCCAGCUCAAGAAGCUGUCAAGGCUCGUGCUAUGAGGGUUCUGAAGCAGAAGAAAAUGUACGAAGGACAACGCGACAUGCUCUACAAUCAGACAUUCAAUCUCGAUCAAGUUUCAUUCGCCGCUGAAGGACUCAAAGACGCUCAACAAACUAUGACGGCACUAAAAUCUGCGAACAAAGAGUUGAAAGGAAUGAUGAAAACCGUAAAGCUUCAAGAUAUUGAUAAUCUGCAAGACGAGAUGAUGGAUCUGAUGGAUGUGAGUUCUGAAAUUCAAGACACACUUGGUAGGAGCUACUCUGUUCCUGAUGGCCUUGACGAAGAUGACCUCAUGGGAGAGCUUGAAGCUCUUGAAGCUGACAUGGGAGACGAGACCGAAGCAGAUGGAAUGCCUUCUUAUCUCCAACCUGAUAAAGAACCUGAUUACAGUGAUGAACUCAACUUGCCUGCCCCACCCAAUAGACAAACCGGAGCUCCAUCUAGUCGAGUUCAGGCGGAGGACGAUUUUGGAUUGCCAGCGGUACCACAAGCUUCUCUCCGGGGAUAA